UUUCUCCAUCUCCCACAGGUCUCAUUGAUCAAAAGUCACACAGAGAGAGUCUUUGUUUCUUCUUCUCCCUUCUUCUCCGAGUAAUCAGGAAGCAAAAGAUAACCAUGGGAUCUUCAGCUACUCCAGGCUGAGCUUUGUUUCUUCUAUUCUCCGAUCUCUGCUAGCUCGUUCCAAGUGUUGUCAUCUUCCAUUGAAUCUCUCACUGAGUUUAAAUCGAAGAAUCUUGUGGGAGAGGAUCUGAAGCUGUGUGUGUGUGUGUGUGUGUGUUUUAGCUUCUAAGGAUUAGUGAUGGAGACAAAUUCGUCUGGAGAAGAUCUGGUUGUUAAGACGAGGAAGCCGUAUACGAUAACAAAGCAACGUGAAAGAUGGACUGAGGAAGAACAUAAUAGGUUCCUUGAUGCCUUGAGGCUUUACGGUAGAGCUUGGCAAAAGAUAGAAGAACAUGUAGCAACGAAAACUGCUGUGCAGAUUAGAAGCCAUGCUCAGAAAUUUUUCUCCAAGGUAGAGAAAGAGGCUGAAGCUAAAGGUGUACCAGUGGCUCAAACGCUAGACAUAGCUAUUCCUCCUCCACGCCCUAAACGUAAACCAAACAAUCCUUAUCCUCGAAAGACCGGAACUGGAUCUCUCCCCAUCUCUAAAACGGGUCUGAACGAUGCAAAAGAGUCCCUUGGAUCAGCAAAAGCUUCUCUUCCUGAGACGGCCAGUGAAGAUCCGCAGGAAGACAACUGCUCAGACUGUCUCACUCAUCAACACCUCUCUGCUGCAUCAAACGCAAGCACUUUUCUAGAGUUCUUACCUUCACGGGAACAGGAACAGGGGAAUAACAAGGAGUCAAACUACAGUGAUUUGAAUAUAGAGGCAGGAGGACCUCACACUUAUCCAACGCAUAUCCCUCUGCUAGUUCCAUUGGGUACAACGUCUCUGUCACAUGCUCCUCCUUCACAGCCAGACGAGACUAGUCAUCAGUCCUUUCCUGAACAUAUCAUGUCGACCCUUUUACAAACACCAGCUCUCUAUACAGCUGCAUCUUUUGCCUCAACGUUUGGUGGCGGCCCACAAGGGAACUUGGCUGCCAUGGCUGCAGCCACCGUUGCAGCUGCAAGUGCUUGGUGGGCCGCCAAUGGGAUGCUCCCACUCUGCGCUCCUCCUUUUAGUUCAGGCAACCCUCCAACUACUUAUGAAGUAAACGCCCUCACAAAAACAAUGGAUCAAGAACACUCCGAGGCUUCAAAGGCUCGGUCUUCGUUGGAAUCAGAGGAGACUAAAAAUGGGAGUCAACCAGAUUGUCAUCAUCAUACUUGUGCAGCGACUGAGACUGAUGCAAAGGGAUCAGAUGGAGCGAGAGAUAGGAAACAAGUUGACAGGUCUUCUUGUGGCUCGAACACUCCCUCGAGUAGUGACGAUGUUGAGGCUGAUGCUUUGGUGGAGAGGCAAGAGAAUGGUGGCACCACCAAUGAGGAAGUGAAAGAAGUGGAUGGGGACACUACUAACAACCCACAAACUUCAGAAUCUAAUGCGCGACGCAGUAGAAUCAGUAGCUCUAUCUUAGCUGAUCCAUGGAAGUCUGUUUCAGAUGAGGGACGAAUUGCUUUUAGAGCUCUCUUUGCAAGAGAAGUUUUGCCACAAAGUUUUACAUAUCAGAGAGAGGAGGGCCAACAACAAAGUUAUCCAAUGGAGCUUGAUCUUAACUCCACAGCUGAUGAUCAAGAAGAGAACAGAAACAUAGCGUUUUUGGGUGCUUCAAAGCAGCAGCUAAGUAGAGGGAGAACAGGUUUCAAGCCUUACAAAAGAUGUUCAAUGGAAGCCAAAGAAAGUAGAGUCAUCAACAACACCAAUCCUAUCAUCAGUGUUGAACAGAAAGAUCCUAAGCGGAUUAGGUUGGAAACUCAAACUUCAACAUGAAAAAAAGUUGUAACUCUAUUAUUACAUCUGUUGUUUCUCUGUUUUCAUUCAAGUUUCAAGAUCUCACUGAUACAAUCUUCUUCUGUCUUUGAGGCAUUUGUAUUUUGUCCAUAGUCUUCUUGUAACGUUUGACUCUGUAUUAUCAAACAAAAUCAUAAACUGUUUAAUUUC